AUGGAUACGACCACCAUCAUAGCUAUGUUCAGAGAAAUGAUGGAUGAACAGAAGAAUGUCAUCGCGAAACUGUUAGAUCGCAUUCCAGAACGCGGACAGCAGGAGGCAGAGAUCAGGCAAAGGCUGAUCGCGAUACUGGAUAGAGACUAUAAAGCAGGCAAAACAGUCUCACUGCAACAACUGCAUCAGGAGUGCGAAAACUUCUUAACCGGAACUAUGAAACUAGUGGAAGCCACGUCCGUCCAGAAGCGAAAGGAAAUAGAAUGUUGGAACUGCGAAGGCAAACAUCGUGCUAGUGGAUGCCAGGCAAAACCGUGGUUCUGCAAGAAGUGCAGGAAGGUCGGUCACAAGGAAAAGUUUUGUGACACUUUACGACAAAAGAAGACUGCGAGUCGCACAGACAGCGCACCAGUUCAGGCAAACUCUUCCCGUGUGUACAUCGAUGCUGUAGUGAACAACUACUCAGUCAAAUUUCUUCUCGAUACUGGAUCAGACAUCACGUUACUGAACGAGAAUUUGGAAGAAGAUGGGCUCCCCAGCAUUGAAAAGACCAAUACAGUCAUUACCAUGAAGAUAUAUGGAAAGCUUAAAUGCAAGAUUACCAUGAAAGGUGUCACUACUGAAGGAGACGCCUAUGUGACGCCGUACAACUCACUCUUGGGACUCGAAUGGAUUCGAGCAUGA